AUGUCGCGCCGUCUGAAGACCACCUACUCGAUGCUUGGCCUCAACGGCCGCACGAUGCAUCCGCCACCACCGCAGCCACAGCCGGAGCCUGAGCCGGAGCCGCAGGCCAACGCCGACUACAGCACCGACGAGGACGUAGACCCAUGGUUCGCGGCGUGGGACGAGGUCCACGUCACAGCCGCGGAAGAAGAGGCGGCGGAGGAGGCAGCGGAGGAGGUAGCGCAGUCAGGGCAGCCGCCGCAGGCCCCCGCCCACCCGGAUCAAGUGGCGAUCCUCGCGUCGCUGAAGGUGGAACGAUACCACCAGCGGUUGAAGGAGGAGAGGGACGAGUUCAUCAAUGACGCGAACCUCCAGCACGACCUCGAGAUCUCGUGCCAGCGAGCGGCCACGGAGGAGGUGGCGAGGCACGCCGAGAUCCAUGCUUCUCGGGAAAGGAUGGAAGCGCGGGGACAUCGCCGCCGGCAAGCCCCUGUGACGCCGGUCGCCAUGCUCCACCGCCAGAUGCACGAAGCUAGGGAGGAGAAGCGGGCACGGACGCAGGCCGCAAUGACGAAGAACGAUGACGAGGCAGGGCCGUCGAGCGGACCAACCGACGGCCAGUAG